GAGGUAAUAACAGAACUGAUCGCAUGGGUGGAGGAGUCUCUGGGCGAAGAACCAGGUGUCAGGAUACCCAGCCGACAGGCAUCAGUAAGGGGUGUUUCAAAUGAAGAUGGUUCGCAUACGAGCAUAUCCCUUGAGGCCAGUGAAAUGUUGGAUGCAGCUUUCGAAGCGCGGAAGGCUAGUGUAACUAGUGUCUAA